AGCUCGUCUGCGCAUCAUCCUUCAUACUCCUUCCGUUCACUUUUCCAUCCACUUUUACAUUCACUUUUAUCUUCACUUUUAUCUUCACUUUUACACCCGCUUCUGCUUCCGCUUUUACCACCACAUACGCUCCCAUCCGAAUUCCAGAAAAAAAAGAGCUGUCCAACUUUUCAAUUGCGCGCCGUAGUUCAGGAACCACUACGACGCUGGCGCACCCAUGUUUGCUCGACAGGUCGAUCUUCUCGCGGAGUAUAGUUCAGCCAUUAAUGCUGCUGAGCAACAGCACAAAGCUCAGCAAGAGGCGCUCAAUCAUGGUGCCAGCGACUUUGCUGCUCCACUCGCAUCCCAGCAUGACAAUUGGUUCAACAUAAGCGCCGGCAGCACCAGUCAUAACACCAGUAGCAGCACUUGCAGCACAAAUGAGAACCCCUACAAGCGGAAGCACCCUCUACAGUUCGAGCCCGAGUUCUUUGCAGUGCUAGAUGCUUCCCUCAAGGAACAGAAUGAAGAGCCGAGCGGCAUCACCAGUAGCAGCAAGCAUUCAACUUCUCUGCCGCAAAGAGCUGGCUCUCCAUGGCCAUCGAGAGCUUUCAAGAAGGCCAGGAGGACGACUGCGGCCGAUGCCCAGGAGCCUUUCAUCCAACUUCAGCAAGAUGCAGCUUUACCCAGGCCCUCUCAGAUACCAGUACCGACAGCAACAAGGACACCAGCAUCUACCAAAACAUCCGCAGUGCCAGGACCAUCUCUCCGUAGUGAGUCAUACUCGUUUUGCCCUCUCUCGAAAAAGAUCAGGACUUCGCCCUCACCCGCUCCAACGCCUACACCCCGUACGCCGCACAAAAAUUUGUCACUCAAGCCUUCCGGAUAUCUUCAGAACUCAAACGGGCCAAGCAUUAUUGAUUUGUCAUCUGGAGAGGAGCUCGUUGCCUUGCACUUGGGCGAAAAUGAACACAAGCGCAGGAGAGAAAACGAUCUGUCCUUGCCCUCUGAUUGCAUGGAUUCCCUGCGCGAGGUCUUUGAAUAUCAGGACGACGGAACUCUUUUACCGAUUCUGGAUCGUGCAUCGGCACAGCCUUCACCGGCAAAGAAGGUCCGCCUUGGAAAAGCCAGCCUCAAUUCUUUUCUGAGGUUCCUGAGCGAAGAAGAGAGUGAUGCAGAAGGAGAUGAAGAUGAUUCCAAGAUGCGCCAAAGUCGGAAGACCGGUAGCAGUGAUGGCAUUGGAGACGAUCGGGGUCCACAGCAGCACGAAAAACAGCCCAUUGAUAGCGGCAAGACCCACAAUCAGCAUUGCCAUAAAUCAUUCGAGACAGGAUCCCAGGCGCUAACUCGAUAUCAAGGACCAAAGGACCUUUCACCUUCAGGCGGACUUGACGUGUUUCAUGGCUGCUGCUGGAACAGUCUUGGGACUGUUCGUAUCAUUCCACUGAACGAAUUGCAGGGCAAUGAAUUGGUGUUGUAUCAGAGGUCGGUUGCCGUAUUAAUAGUCGCGAAUGCCAACAACAGCAAUGAAGACGAUGGAGAGCAAUCAACGGCGAUGGAUCCAUGUGGCGAGAAUGAUUUAUUGUCGAUCGCAUGCAUCGAGGAACUUGACGACGAACUUGAUGACGGCAAUAUGGCAGACGACGAGGAAUGUGAGCUACCGGAUGAUGCGCCGUUGAUAGAGCUGGAAGAAAAGAUCAUGGGCAUGGAUCUCGACUAGACUAUUAUUUUACAUACUCCUGGAGUACUCGAUGCCUUCAAUUGUUUUUCCUUGCUACAUUGCUUUCUUACUGUCGUUUCUUCGUUCCACUUGUAUGUACAACACCUCUCCCUACUUGUAAAACAUUAAUAAAGACAUCGUACAACAGGAAAAUAGGCUGCGUGUGGUGGAUCAUUUAUUUGCCGUGCCCUUCUAUGCCUUGGACUAUAACCAACUUUGAGCGAUGUAUGCCCUGCAAGGAGCGGCUCUAGAAGAAAAAAAGUGAUCGGGUGGUAUUCGUGGGGUCCACUGGGGGGAGGAGCCUAAGAAAUGAAUUCCGGCGAUCUGAUAUUACAUGUGGAGAAGGGCGGACUGUCCGGCUCAUAAUCCCAUUUGCUCGAUCACAGCGUCGCACUUAAAAAUGGUCAACAUAAAACUUGCGCGCCGACAACAAAUGUCUUUCCAUUUCUCCAUUCUUC